CCGCUGAUUUCCUUUUUAUUGUUGUUACUAGUUAUUAUUUAUUUAUUAUUAUACUUAUGAUGGUGAUGAUUAUGAUGGUAAUGGCACUUAUGAUUUUUAACCGGAUUAAAAUCGAGUUUUUCUGAAUGUUCAUAAGAAUUUCUUCGGCCUCCUGAUUGACUUUGGAGUUUUGCAUCUUGGGAGAGAAAGUGAAGGCAUUAGAAUUUUUAAGUGGAUUGAUCACAUAAACCUUUUCUCUCCCAACCCCACCCUUGCCCUCAACCCCUUCCCCCACACUGGAAAUAAUUUUACUGGCUGUUAAGUCUGUUACCUUAUUUUUCCUGAUCUUUAACUUAACUGUUUUAGAGCAUCUCUGGACGUCUGUAUUUUUAAUUUUUUUAUUUUUGUUUUUUAUUUUUAAUCUUUCAUUUGUUAAAUUUUUAAACUGUGCUGCAAUAAAAUGUGUGUGGUACUACUUAACACCUAUGAUGGUGGUGGCAUUUUCCCAGAAAGCCAUCUUCCUCCUGUUUCCCUUGAAAUCCCAUCCUGCUUGUCCUGUACACUACCCCUCACAAACCACAAGCCGCAGCAACAUGGAUGGCCAGCCUGGAGCAGCAUCAGCCAGGAUGACCUGGAGCCAGGGGGGCCUUCGGAACAGAUGCACACCCUUCCUGGGUGAUGGUAAGAGCUUUUCAGCUUUGUUAGAAACCUAUCAUCAAACACGAUGGCUAGCAAUGUCACCAACAAGACAGACCCUCGCUCCAUGAACUCUCGUGUAUUCAUUGGGAAUCUGAAUACUCUUGUGGUCAAGAAGUCUGAUGUGGAAGCAAUCUUCUCGAAAUAUGGCAAAAUUGUGGGUUGCUCUGUUCAUAAGGGCUUUGCCUUCGUCCAGUAUGUUAAUGAGAGAAAUGCCCGGGCUGCUGUAGCAGGAGAGGAUGGCAGAAUGAUUGCUGGCCAGGUUUUAGAUAUUAAUCUGGCUGCAGAGCCAAAAGUGAACCGAGGAAAAGCAGGUGUGAAACGAUCUGCAGCGGAGAUGUACGGGUCAGUACCAGAACACCCUUCUCCGUCCCCUCUACUCAGCUCCUCAUUUGACUUGGAUUAUGACUUUCAACGGGAUUAUUAUGACAGGAUGUACAGUUACCCAGCACGUGUGCCACCACCACCACCUAUUGCUCGGGCUGUAGUGCCCUCUAAACGCCAGCGUGUAUCAGGAAACACCUCACGAAGGGGCAAAAGUGGCUUCAAUUCUAAGAGUGGUCAGCGAGGAUCAUCAUCCAAGUCUGGAAAGUUGAAAGGAGAUGACCUUCAGGCCAUUAAGAAGGAGCUGACCCAGAUAAAGCAAAAAGUGGAUUCUCUACUGGAAAGUCUGGAAAAAAUAGAAAAGGAACAGAGCAAACAAGCAGUAGAGGUGAAGAAUGAAAAGUCAGAAGAGGAACAGAGCAGCAGCUCCCAGAAGAAAGAUGAGACUAAUGUGAAGAUGGAAUCUGAGGGGGGUGCAGAUGACUCUGCUGAGGAGGGGGACCUACUGGAUGAUGACGAUAAUGAAGAUCGGGGGGAAGACCAGCUGGAGUUGAUCAAGGAUGAUGAAAAGGAGGCUGAGGAAGGAGAGGAUGACAGAGACAGCGCCAAUGGCGAGGAUGACUCUUAAGCACAUAGGGGUUUAGAAAUCUUACCCCUUAUUUCUUUACCUAGGCGCUUGUCUAAGAUCAAUAUUUCACCAGAUCCUCUCCCCUAGUAUCUUCAGCACAUGCUUACUGUCUCCCUAUCCUUCCCAUGUCAUUCAUUCAUAUUGCUCUGCGCCUAGUUCCAUUUUCACUUCCUUUGAUGCUCCUAGUAGUUUUGUUAAGUCUCUCCCUGUAAUUUUUGCUUUUAAUUUUGAUACCUCUUUAUGACUUAACAAUAAAAAGGAUGUAUGGUUUUUAUCAACUGUCUCCAAAAUAAUCUCUUGUUAUGCAGGGAGUACAGUUCUUUCCAUUUAUACAUGAUUUCAGUAGUUGCUUCCCUAACUGCAAAAGCAAUCUCAUUUAGUUGUAGCACCUGAGAGCCGCUUUGAGUUGGAGGUAUGUGUGUUUUACCCCACAUAAGUACUGUGUGGGGCUGUUCAACACAAAUGUAACAAUGUAUUUUUGUGAAUGAGAGUUGGCAUGUCAAAUGAAUCCUUUAGAAAAAUAAUUAGUGUUACAGUCUUAAUAUUUGUUUUCUAAAGUUGAUACUGUGGGUUAUUUUUGUGAACAGCUUGAUGUUUGGGACCUUUUUUCUCAAAAUAAACAAGCCCUUAUUAAACCAGGAAUUUGGAGAAAAACCCCUGGUUUUUUUAUUUUUGUAUUUUAUAAUUGUUCUUGUCAUGAUCAUUACGCAUACUACGUACACUGCUCAAGUUAAUUUUACCAGGAUACAUCUUGCAUUAAGAAAUGAAGUAACUGACAUUGUUGUCCUUUACUGGAUUCUGAAGUUUGCACCUCAGUGUCACGUGUAAAUAGGAAAAUGUGCUCUUUCUGAUUGUGUGCUUUCGUCAGGUAACAAAGAAUUUGUGAGGGUAUAAGUUUAUUUUCCUUAAGUGCGCAAUCCCUGUGAAGUAAUCCUUAGCCCUAAACUAGUCUAGGCUCAGUUUAAUUUAUAUUUUAUCCCUCAGUUUUUCUCACAAAGGAUUCCUUGGAAUUUCCUACUAUUUUAGAACUUGCAGCACAGGCAAUUUUUCCCAUCCUAUGUAUUUUGAGAAAAUGUCCUACUUAUAAAGGAUUUCAUAGGUCUUUUUAUGCAACAGGUAACAAAUCUAGACAGAAUAAAGAGGAUAGAAUAGAUAGAAUGAACUGGGGUUUGGAGUUUCUAUUGUAUGUAAAUUUAAUCACACCAAUCCCCUUGUACCCACUCUUGGUUUUUGGUCUUAAUGUGAUCUCCGUUACACAAACAUUUUAUUUAGCAGGUCAUCCAUGGGUGCAAAAUCAUCUGUAUGCUUAGUUUUACAAUUUUACCGCUUAACAGUAUUUAGCACUUUGUGUUCUGUCAUAUUAGUGGUUAUUUUUAACUUCAGAAACUGGAAAGCACAUUCUUCAAGAAAUGACUGCACACAUCAUUGCUAAUAUCAGUGUACUUGUUUGUCUUAAUGGGGAGGAAUCAUUUCAUACACUAGGACUCAGGCUAUUGUGAAUUAAGGUUUCUUCCUGUAUCUAAGAGAAAAACACAGGCAUACUCAGUACUUUGGUUCCUAGGCCAACGCUAAAGCAAAGUACACAUGUUUGAAAAAUUAAGUCUGUAGUAAGUAUCAUUUGAAAUCUGAUCAAAUGCAUGUUCGUGCUUCUCAAAGGCUAAUGGCCUUCAAGUCGUGGGUCUAAUAAUUAGGUACUAUUGUGGCAUUAUUUAGUUCUGGGCCCUGGAACAGUUGAACAGUAGUUGUAUCAACACACACAGUUUCUCAAUAUGCAAAGAAAUCUGACAAAAUAGCCUGAAUUCUUAUAUGAAUUCAGUUUUAAGUUAGUGAGCAGGAAAUAUGGGUGAUGAUUAAAAAGAAUAUGUUUGAAACAUUUCUUUUUCUGGUGGUGCAUAGUUUCUGAUUUGGAGACUUAUUUGGAGCCCACUGAUCUGUGAUAAAUUUUCUAAUUUGCUGAUCUUUCUGAAAGUGGUCAAGGUACAGUAUCUGACAAGUUUAGGGUGCUUUAAAGGAGGGCUCUUAUUGUAUUUCCAUUCACAUGAUACCUCAACAUCUAAGACCUGCAAAGAUUGUAAGGUUAGUAUCCAUUGCAUUUGAUACUGUGUUCAGAUAGAACCAGUUACAAUAGAAAACCAGAACAAACGAGCUGGAGUCAAAUGGAAAUUUUAGAAGAAUGUAACUACUAGAUGUUGAGGGGUACAACCUCUGAUGCCAACUGGACUGCAUAAUGAGCCCUUGCCUCAAAAAAAGUAAAAAAAAUUUAAUGGAACUUGUAGAACAGUAGCUAUCUGUGAGCCGUAGGAUAACCAUCAGGUGCACAACUUACACAAGUACACAAUCUUAGCAAGAUUUUUUAAAAAACUUUAGAGCACGUAUUUACUUUGCUGUAGUGGUAUUGAACCCAGAGCCUCGUACGUGUCAGAUAAAACAUUACCAUUUGAUCCACACACCCAGCAGUAAUGCAUUGUAUAAUACGACAAGUUACUGGUGUUUUGAGGUUGUAAAGUGAUAGGGCUUUGUGGAAGUUGGAAGACAGGUGUAUGUUUAAUUGAAAGAUACUUUUUGUGACUGCUUCUGUAAGUAUUGACCACCGAAGAAUGGAUUGCUGGGAUUGCAUAAACAUCAUUAAUGGUUAAUGUCUGGAAAUAGUAUAACUUGGCCAUAUACCAUUUCCUUUAGACACCUGAGCUUUUUUUUGGUGACAGGGUUUUUUUGAGAUAUGGUCUCCCUGUUUGUCUGGGCUGGCUUCAAACCUCGAUCACCCUGACCUCUGCCUCCUGAGAAGCUAGGAUUGUGGGGUAUGAGCCACCAUCACUGGCAACAGCUGACCUUUUUUUCUUAAUAUAUACCAAUAUUAAAAUAGUGUUUCUAUUUCUGGCCUUCGUUCAGGUUACUUUGACUAAGGAAAAAAUGCACUGAUAACCACAUAGAAAUUGGCAAGUGAGUACAUCACAUAAAAGUGCAGGUUGUGGUCUACCAGUGGUAAGCUUAAGGUAUGACACAUUCCUACCCCCCCAUCCCCGCCCCCUCCGGUUCUAGGGCUUAGUCUUACGGCUUUGUGCUGGAUAGGCACGCACUCUACCUCUUGAGCCAUGCCUCCAGCUUGCAAAUGUUUUAUAUCCAAGUAACCGAAAUUGUCUAUUAUAAAGUUAACGUUAACUUUUGAGAGUCAGUACUGGAGUUUGAACUCAGGAUGUUGCAUUUCCUAGGCCAGUAUCACUUGAGGCACACUCCUACCCCUAAGAACCUCAUAACUACAUACAAUUCUGUGCCUCAACAGUAAUCAUGGGAUGCCAGGGGCAUGGGAGCUUUUAAGGUUAUAUUUUAAGCACUUUUGUAAAUUGUGCAAUAUCUUUAAAACAGCAAUCAUAACGUGUGUGUUCUUACUAGCUGCACACAUCGUAAAUUUUAGUGUUUAAAAGCACCAUGGGAUCAGUAAAACGUGGCCAGUUAUAUAGUACAGAGGUAGGUGCAGAUGUGUCUGACCAGGAAUAAGUUUUUCAAAUGAUUAUAGGGAAAUGGACUUAAAAGCUCCAAAUUUGACUCGGGAAGCAGAGAUCAGAAAGAUCGUUGUUUGAGGCCAUCCUGAGAAAAAGUUUGUGGGACCCCAUUGAAAAUACCCA